AUGUUUUCUCUCUCCUCCCUUUCCCGGCGCACGCUGGGCGGGCUGUCCAGGGUGCUCGCCGCCCCCGCCCCCGCCCAAGCUCCCACCGCGCUCUCCCCGUUAUCAAUAUUCACCCGUGCGCGCUCUCAGCUUGCGCCAAAACAGGUCAAGCACAUCAAGCGGCACAAGGGCAGGGUGCCUAUCCCGACGGGCGGGUCGACCAAGGGCACGACGCUCGCAUAUGGCGACUGGGGCAUCCGCAUCAAGGGUAACGGCGCGCGACUGUCUGCGAAGCAGCUGACGACGGCGCAGGAGGUGAUUGUAAAGAAGCUCAAAGUUCUCAAGGGGAGCAAGGUGUAUUUGAGGGUCUUCCCGGACAUCCCAGUGUGCAUCAAGGGUAAUGAGACGCGUAUGGGUAAAGGAAAAGGAACGUUCGAGUUCUGGGCGACACGUGUGCCAACAGGCCGAGUCAUCUUUGAGAUAGGCGGCGUGCCCAUCCGCGAGGAACUCGCCCGUGAUGUCCUGCGCCUCGCAGCAGCCAAACUCCCCACGCAGAUGGAAUUUAUUACCCGCUCGUCUCUUCCCCGCCUCGGAAAUCUUCUUAUCCCACCACCACCCCCAAAACAGGUCGACGUGUCAGCUAUCCCUGCAGCACCUUCAGCCGAAUCUGCCCCACCCUCGGCAUAG